AUGCAGUGUCAGCGUGCUCUUGUUUCGGCGUCACGCCUCGCGCGAGGAGUUGACUACAUGAACAAGAAGAGGUGUUGUUCUUACAACAGUUUUACCACACAGUCAGCACUUUGCAUUCGGCUGAGGCACGGCAACAAUGCAUUGCCGUGGACGCAAAAGAGCGGUUUGUCAUCGUCCUCAAGGAGACCAUCUUUUUCUUCGUCGCCCUCGAGGACAUUAUCAAGAACGGUGGCAUCUGCAGACAUCCUUGGAGUCCUUCUCCAUUCUGCGAAGAUCUCCUUCGCACUCUUCCUCACGCUGUCCCUGGCGACCACAGGUGUAUGGUAUUUUCUUUUUCCCUAUCGGGACAAAUAUCUAGCUCAGCUGCAAGAACUGUUGACGAUUCUAGAUUCUCACGGGGCUUUACCAGCUGACAAUCGUUAUCCGCACUUGCUAAAUCUGCUCGUUUUGGUGAGAGCGCAGACGGAGGCAGAAGAUGGGUGGAGGGUGAGAAAAAGUUCUGAAGAGAAAAGUAGUGACAACAAAGAUUCAUCUGUUUCUCCUGCUUCAUCUACAACCUUACUCUCCGAAGGGCGUACAUUCUGUCGCAUUGCCAAUGCGAUCUACCCUGCUGAGGUCUUGGUGGCUCUGGGGCUUCUUCCCGUAACGGAUGCCGCGCUGUGCAGUCGCGUGGGUAUAAUCGAAAAGUACGUAUCUGCAGGCGGACAAAGCCAUAAGAUCUUUGAGUUAUGCCAUCUCGAUGCGGAAGCCUCUCCAACUGACAGAUUCCUAGGCCGAUCCCCCUUUCAACCAGCUGCGUUUGUGGGAGUUCAUCAUGGCUUCAGAGCUGUGGUAGUGGCUAUUAGGGGUACCACAACCUUACACGACAUUUUUGCAGAUCUGAUGGCUGACAGUGUGCGCGUACCUUUCGUGGGCCAUGAUGGUGCUUCAAGUACUACAGAAGUCUAUGCACAUGAAGGAAUGCUUCGAUCCUCUCGCAACCUGCUCAACUCUCACAAUGACGCGAUAAUAUCUGCCUUAAAAGAGUCUGGCUAUAAGCGCGUUGUUUUCACUGGGCACUCGUUAGGAGGUGGUUGUGCGCAGUUGUGUGCUUACCUGUUUCGAACGGAUAUGGAAAUAAAGACUUCUGAGCAAAAGGGAACUCUUCAUAGCGUAAAACAAGUCGAUUGCUUUGCUUUUGGUGCGCCACCUGUUAUCUGUGAUACAUCACCUUCAAAUGUUUCUCCCAUCCCUGUUGGACGAGGAACGGAAGCAAGAGACGAAUUCCAUACCUUUUGUUACGGCAAUGACAUUGUCUGUUCUUUGAGCAUGGGCACUGUUCUGGACUUGGUACACAAGUUGGAGAGCAUCGACAGACAGCUGAGUUGGGGUUACAUCAGGCGGCUGGCCUAUGUGGUAGCUGGUUCAUCUGGGUCAGAGAAGUUCUUGCGUGAGCUUGGUAUUUUUUCAGAGGCGACAUUACCUAUGCGUUGUAAAAGUGGCGCUUCAUCGGAUUCGGAUGAGCUUCCGAUACCAGCCCGUUUUUGCUUGCGACAUAUUGGGAAGGUUUGGGACAUUGAUCCAAAAAUUUCACUUGGAGAUGAUGAAGAUCACAAGAGUAUUGAUGUGGUAACACCAAGACAAGACAAGAAUUCUGGACCAAAACAAGAACAACAACUGUGUAUCUCUUUAGCUGGGCAGCACGACGUUUUUCUUGACCAUUUGCCAUCUAGAUAUGAAGAUGGACUCAAAUGCGCUUUUGAUCAGAUGAACAGGAAAGAACGACCGCAAGCGACUCCAACGAAACCUACCUUGUAAAAAUUCGCCUCUACGAUAUGAAACCAAACUAAAUUCAACCCACUAGCACGACGUUUCGCCGGGACUCUUUCCGUUUUCCUAGAGUCAACGUGAAU